CCAGUGUAUCCGUGGAUGAAAAGUCAAUAUGGUCCCAACCGAAAACGAGGCCGGCAGACGUACACCCGGUACCAGACUCUGGAGCUGGAGAAGGAGUUCCACUACAACCGUUACCUGACCAGACGCAGGCGCAUCGAAAUCGCGCACACUCUGUGUCUGACCGAGCGGCAGAUCAAGAUCUGGUUCCAGAACCGCCGGAUGAAGUGGAAGAAGGAGUCCAAGUCUAGGGUCCACGAAUCUCACUCAUAG